CCAGAAGCCGCGCGCUCAGCCAAAGGUUCCCCCAGUCUCGGCUACGUCUCCCGCUCGGCGUCCAGCGAGGAGAAAAGGAGGCGCCCGUCAAUCAAAGCGCUGGAAACUAACGGCGCUGCGCAAAGGCGCUCACCUUUCCGGCCCCACGUGGGCCGCGGGCGCCUCCGAGCGCACCUGAGCGGCGCGGGCGGCCAAUGGGCGCGCAGGGCGCGGCGCGCGUGGGCGUGGUCGGGCGAGGGGCGCCCAUAUAAGCGAAGGUAGCGGCCAGUAGGCCGGGGUGAGCGUUGAUUGGUUGGGGGGCGCGCGGGCGGCGGCCGUUGCUGAUUGGGCGUUGGCGCCGCGAGGAGCGAGGGUGUGUCCAGGGGCGCGAGGCACCAACGGCCGGAGGCGGCGGCGGCGAAGAGCCGGGCGGGAGGCGGCGGCGAUGCUGAGCGAAGCGGAGAGUGGUGGCGGGGCCGUCAGCGGCACCGCGGAGAGCCCCGUGGGCGAGCCCGCGGCAGGGGUGGCCAAGCCCGCCCAGCCGGCGGCACCUGCGGGCAGCGCCGUGGCUCGGAGCCAGGCGGCCAAGCGCGUCCUCGCCACCCAGGUGCAGGGCACAGUGAAAUGGUUCAACGUUCGUAAUGGCUAUGGAUUUAUAAACAGGAAUGAUACCAAGGAGGAUGUGUUUGUGCACCAGACGGCUAUCAAGAGGAACAACCCCCGUAAAUUUCUCCGCAGUGUUGGAGAUGGAGAAACCGUGGAGUUUGAUGUUGUGGAAGGAGAAAAGGGUGCUGAGGCAGCCAAUGUAACAGGCCCUGGUGGUGUUCCUGUGAAGGGCAGCCGCUAUGCUCCCAAUCGCCGUCGCUUCCGCAGAUUCAUCCCCAGGCCCCGGCAGGCCCAGCAGUCCCAGGAUGCCACCCGGACAGACGGGGCCAGUGAGACAGUCAGUGAGGGGGAAAGAGCAGAUGAUGCAGUACAGCAGCGUCCCCGGAGGAGACGUCCCCCACCCUUUUUUUUCCGCCGGCGAUUUGUGCGGGGGCCUCGGGCUCAGGCCCAGCAGCAACAGGCCCAGCCUGCAGAAGGUACUGAAAGUACAGAACCAAAAGAUGCCACCCAGCCUGAGGGAGACCCACAACAGCAGAUCCAAGCUGGCGAGAGAGCCCCGGCCCCUCGCUUCCGUCCUAGAUACCGCAGGCCUUUCCGCCCCCGCCCACCACAACAGCCCACCACUGAGGGAGGAGAUGGUGAGACAAAAGCAGCACAAGCCCCAGCAGACGGCAUCCGCCCUGAGCCCCAGCGCCAACGCAAUCGGCCUUACUUCCAGCGCAGGCGCCAGCAAACAGGUGCAGCUCGCCAGGCAGCAACUGAGGCUACCACGGCUGUUAAAGAGCAACCUGCUCCAAGCUCUGCUGCUGCUGGCGGAGACACCCCUGCCACUAGCACUCCUGCUAUGGCUCAAGAAGCAGUGGUGGAAGCCAGCAAGCCUGCUUCCCCAGCCCAGGAGACUCCCUCCCAGUCGCUGCCAGAGAUCCAGCAACAGCUAGUGGAUACUUCGACACCUGAGCCUGGGGGAGAGCUUGCCCCAGCCCUACUGGCAUGAUGAAUCUGCACACGGUGAGGGGAUGCCAAGAGCUGUGAUCUGGUGUCCACAAUGUGCCUGCAACCCGAGUUACCUCAUCCUGCACUUGAAGAGAGACCCCAAACUCCACCAGUCCCCUUUGCUGCUGUUGAAGCCCUGAAUGUAAAAAAUUAAACCUAAGGAACAUGAGGGGGAAACCUGACCAAAAAAAACCUUGCUUUCAUUUAAAAACCUUCUGGGGGGUUUGUCUUCCCCCCUCCAAAGCUUUGCCAGUUCGAAAAGAAACUGGCUGUUGAAUCUUCAGUUAAUUUUUUCUCCCCCCCAUUUUUGAAGACCACCCUGUGUGAACUAUUGUGUGCAGUUUGGGCGUCAGUAAAAAAAAAAUU